AUGGAGCCUCCUUCGAAGAAACCGCGCACUCUUUGGGAAGACGACAGCUCGGAUUCCGGCGAUGAUGCUGGCGGUGUUUCGCUGGGCAAGUCGCCUGAGACUGCCUUCAAAGUGAAUGCCGAUUACGCCAAACGGUUCGAGUAUAACAAGAAAAGAGAAGAGGUCGCUAGGUUGGAAGCCAAGUAUGGCAAGACCAAUAUGGGCAAGCGGCGUGACGAACCAUCCGAAGAUGAGGAGUCCUCAGAUGAUGAGGAGGAAGAUGAGGAUGGAGAGCUGGCCACCAAGGCUCUCGAUGCUGAGAUCAUGGCCACCCUUAAGGCAAUUCGCUCCAAGGACCCCGCCGUGUACGACAGCAACGUGACUUUCUACACCCAACCUGAGGAAGACGCCGACGCUGCCCCCAAGGAAAAGAAGGAAAAGACGAUGACCCUGCACGACUACCACCGCCAGAACCUGCUGGGGGGAAUCAACCCCGCUGAAGAGGAGGAAAAUGCCCCCAAGACCUUUGCGCAGGAGCAGGCCGACCUGAAGGAUGAGGUUGUCAAGGCUAUGCACGAACAAGGUUCCGACGAUGAGAUGGAAGAUGCAGAUGACUUUCUGGUCCGCAAGCCCGGUCAAGAAGAGCCAGAGGAAGAAAAGGUCGAGCUUGAUAUUCAGAACGCCGACAAGGACCCCGAAACUUUCCUUUCCAACUUCAUGUCCUCGCGCGCAUGGAUCCCCGAGAGCGAAAAGCAAAGAGCGCACCAGUUUGAUUCGGAUGACGAUGAUGAAGUGGAUCGGGCCGAUGCUUUCGAGGUGGCCUACAAUUUCCGUUUCGAAGACCCCAACAAGCUCAACGAGACUUUGAUCACCCACGCCCGUGAUACCACCAACAGUCUUUCCGUCCGUCGGGAGGAAAAGAGCUCGCGUAAGAAGCUCCGUGAGGCCGAGCGUCAGCAGAAGGAUGAAGAGAAGAAACGGCGAGAAACUGAGAAGAAUCGCCUACGCAAACUCAAAAUGGAGGAGCUUCAGACUCGGGUCAACGAGAUCAAGGAGGUUGCCGGUAUGCGCGCCUCCGAGUUCACUGAUGAGGAUUGGGCCCGUUUCCUGGAUGGCGCUUGGGAUGAUAAAGAAUGGGAGGAGGAGAUGGAGAAACGAUUUGGAGAAGACUACUAUGCCGACAAGGAUGCUUCUGGGAAGAAGCACCCCAAGAAGCCUGAGUGGGAUGAUGAUAUCGACAUCACUGACUUGAUUCCCGACUACAAAGAUGAAGAGGACAAGCCUGCUGUGGAUUCUGGCGAUGAAGAUGAGGAGGCCGAUGAGGAGCAGUCCAAACCCAAGAAGAGCAAGGCCGAAGAGAAGCGUGACCAGAAGCGCGAGGCCCGCAAAGACCGUCUCCGUAUUGAAGAGGCCGUCGACCGUAACCUCGACCUUGACAUCACCCUGCUCCCCGGUGCUACCAAGAAGAACGCCACUCGCUUCCGCUACCGCGAGACCUCGCCGCAAAGCUUCGGUUUAACUGCUCGGGAUAUCCUGAUGGCCGACGAUGCCCAACUGAACCAAUUCGCCGGUCUGAAGAAGUACGCUUCAUUCCGUGAAGCCGAGAAGAAGGCCAAGGACGAGAGGAAGCUCGGCAAGAAGGCCCGCCUCCGUCAAUGGCGGAAGGACACCUUUGGCAAUGAGGAUGGUCCUGUCUUCAACUUUGGCACCAAGAGCCCAGAGGAUAAGAAGGAAGAGGCCGAUGGUAAUGAGACUAAGCUGGACAUUCGUGAGGGCGGUGGCCAAAAGAAGAAGAGAAAGCGUUCGAAGAAGAACUAA